UAUUAUUUUAUUAAUAAUUAUGGUUAAUGUACAAUGCGACAAUGGAAAAAAAAUAAUUAGGUACUGAUUCUACUUCAAAUUUAAUCAUUUUUAUUUAGUAAUUGACAUGAAUUAUGUCUAUGAAUUACGCCUUUGGAUUUUCACUUUUCCUAUUAAUUCUUGUUGCACUUAAUAUUUACUUUUUUUAUUCCCUAAACACAACCGGGAAAAAGGGCUCUACAUAUAAUGUUCCAGGUAUUAAACUGGAUCUUGGUCCAAGUAUUUUCAAAGAUAUAUAUGAUCACCUCAACUAUCUGCCUAGUCAAUAUAAAAUUAAAAGCCCUAAGUUUAUACGAAUACAGAGAAACUUGGUGCAAUCGUUCAAUGCAACUGGACUCAACGAUACGAAAAAUGUGUGGCAAAACACAGAGAAUUGGAUUAGUAACGAAUCAUUAUUCCCUCAUGGCAAUGGAGUCCCUGGGAAAAUACUACAAGCCAUGCAAACCUCACAGAUAGCUUUAGUGGACAAUGCACCAAAAGGCACACAAAUGAAGCUAUUACUUUUUAUCCAGGGGAAUCAAAAGUUAUAUUUCAAACCAAAGAGAUACCAGCUAUAUGAUGUAAUACAUGGAAAUAUUUAUGCUGGCUUUGAUCGUCACAACUCAGAGGUGUUUGCUUUCUAUCUCGCAAUGGCAUUAAAUUUUAAAUGGAUCAUUCCUUCUGUAAUUAGGAAAAUACACAUAACCAAGGAUGUUGUUCCUGUAGCGACAUCAGGAUUGAAGAAAACUAUGAUAAGAAAUGAAAGUGGUUCUUUAUGUAUUUAUGGGAAAUGUUUUUACUGUAAAGUGAAUGAGACUGUAUGCCCAGAUAGGAAUGGUGAAAUUGAAGGAGCUGCCAUCCUUUAUUUGGACAAGCAGUUUAAAGUAUACAAGUCACCAUGGAGGCGUUCUUACAGUAGCAAGAAAAUGGAGUGGGAGAAAGAUAAUGAUUUUUGUAAGAAAGUCAUGGGAAGUUUGAGUCUCAAACGUAUACUUAAUUUGAUAGAUGUCUCCAUAUUCGAUUUUCUAAUACAGAAUGGUGACCGUCAUCGGUAUGAAAUUUACAACGAUAAAAUAAUUCUCUUGGACAAUGGAAAAGGCUUAGGAAAUCCUAUGGUAGAUGAACUGGACAUUUUGGCGCCAUUGUACCAAUGUUGCAUGAUAUCAACAUCGACAUGGCAUCAUUUAGAGAUACUUUCUGGUGGAGCCUUAACAGAAACCAUAAAGUUAUUAUCGUCCUUUCAAGGAGUAGUAUUGGCAACAGAAGAUCAUUUUAAAGCAGUGGAACGAAGAUUAUUAAAAAUUUAUGCAACAGUUCAGUAUUGUGUUAAGAAACAUGGCAGUGCCAAAGUAUUCAAGGUAUAAUAGUCAAAUAUAGAAAGUUUCGUAUGUAGUUCGCGAACUCAACUACAUGAUUAAAAAGAUCGCUCCUAAAGACGACCACGGGUUAUUUCGCAAAUACUUCGCUCUUCAGUUUGUUUUAUAUAAAAUUGGCAGGAUACUAUUGAAGUCUUGCUCUAAUGGAAGAGGACGGCGUAUUUCAUCAUAAAAUAAAAGUAGAAUAUCUCAUUACAGGCAUCAACUGCCUACAUUUGAGGGCUACUAACAUAUAGAAUUUGGAAAACCAACUUGCGCCUUUCUCUAACUCGAGUUGUGAGCUGAUGAAUUCGUUCACAAGAGCUCUGCUAACUAAUGACCUAUUAGACGCUAUUUUAGAAAUUUUGUGUUACAUAUUUGUUAUGUGAGUUGCAGAUGGUUUUACCAUAGUAGUGGUUGAAGUGGUAAAAAAAAAUUGAUUUUAAUCUAAAAAGUUCUGCACAUAUAGUUUACAUGGCAAUUAUAAUUCUUUUGAUUCUAAAUUUACUAAGGUAGUAAUUGUAACGUUUAUUCGUAUUACUAUUUUAAUAGUUUUGCUUGUUAAGUGAAACAAAGUAUUAUUGAUAAGUACUUAUUUCAUGCACAGAUUCCUAUCUGUUUUUUGACAGAUGUAUUUUUUUACCUUAAUUUAAGAAAAUAAUGGAAGCAAAUAUUUGAAAAAUUUUAUGAUAAUAUUAAUGUAGAUAUUGUGUUGAAUGAUAGAAAACCGUCUUCAAUCGUGACUGAUGUUAGUAUGUGGUAUAGUAACACUGCCAACGCAAUCUUUCUUUUCUUUAGAUUUUUUUUAUUAUUGUUAAACAAUUCUAACACUUAGUGUCUCCUGCGCUAAGUGCUAGAAUAGUUCCCACAUUAUCCCACAGAAAAUUAGAAUAGUUUCACAAGUGAUUUGACAAUUUACACAGCGCCAUCUAGUCUCACACAAAGAAACUUGUUGUAUGGGUCAACAUACCCACUCUGUUUUUAACAUAUCACCGCUUGUAUGGGCUGCUGGUAUUAAGUAACUGAUAGAAAUAUUUAAAUACAUUUUUUUAUAAAUACAUAUCUAAUAUGCACAGAAAACACCCAGUCUAAUACCAACAGUCAUACUCAUAUUUACAUCGUGCGAAGAAAAAAAGUCGCGGCGCUCGGAAGUAAGGCGCUUUGCUAAACCCCUGGACAACCGAGUAUCGAUGAUAGAUGAGGUUAUAUCUUUCUUAUGCCGUGACUUACCCUAAUCUUUCACUCUAAUAAAAUGGCAUGUUACAUGUACACACAAAUCUUGUCAAGACUGAAGUCGGUUUUUUAACAAAAUUGUAUAUAUAUAUAUUGUAACAGUAUUAUUCAAUAGAGACUUAUAUAAUCUAGUGCUAUUCUAGAUUAAAUGGAUCUCAGGACAAUAACUAUUUUAGUUCUUGUUCUUAGGAAUGAAUUGAUUUGUAUUUGUUUACAAUAUAUUUGAAAAGCUAUGGGCAAUAAUUCAAAUUGUAAAAAGUAUUGGCUGUGCAUGUAUCCGGAACAUUGCGAUAGUUAGCAAAAAAAUAAUGUGCUGAAAGCAGAUACAGCAAUGAUGUAGUAUUACUGAAAUUGUAAUUGUUGAUUUUCUAUGUGUUAUUGAAGCCGAUAAAUUAGUCUAUUUUAUUAUAGCUGAUUAACUAACAAUUAAACGUUUUUGACAGUUCUAUUUUUAAAAUUUUAAAUCCCGUAUGAGAUUAGCGGAGUGUUUUAUCAAUAUGACUUUCUGUAUUAGAUCUAUCUCAUGCAUACGCAUAUAUAUAGGGUGCAGUAUACGCCCAAUCUUUUUUUUUCAAAAAGUUUUAGACUGGAUAUGUAUAUUCCAUC